ACAUACACACGCACACACACACACACGGACACGCACAGUGUUAGCGCACAACAAUUUGCAUAAAUUGCGCGCAAAACAUAAAGUUUGCGCAUUUAAGUAAGUAACGAUAGAUAAAUUCACACAAGAUGACAACUCGGAAAUUUACACCAUUUGGAGUCGACGACAUACUAAAGGCUAAUGUUGAAAGAAAAAAAAGUAUAAUUUUUGAAGGAAGUUGCUGUCGGAGGGAAUGCUUCGAACGAGAAUCAACGCAAAAUGUUCAAUAUGAAAUAAAAGAAUGCGACAAAAAAACAAGGAGAAUACCAGUGAUAAAAAGAACAGAACACGACUUCAUCUGCAAGCAGAGUAACGAGCAAUUUCAUGACGAAGACAAUUUCGAAAGUAGAAAACAAACAGGGCGAAGAUCGCGAACAGUUUAUACAAGAGGUCAAGUUAAAGAGCUUGAGAAACUAUUUCAACUUAAUCAUUACGUUGAUCUUGAGUCAAGAAAAUCACUAUCAAGAAAAAUUGGAUUAGAUGAAGAAAGGAUACAGUUUUGUUGUGUUAAGGUUUGGUUUCAAAAUCGUCGAGCUAAAUGGCGAAAAACAGAGAAGGUAUGGGGUAGCAGCUCAAGAAUGGCAGAAUAUGGUUUUUAUGGAGCCAUGGUUCGCUAUUCAAAACAACUCAGCAAAAUGAAAAGACCUCUUUUGAAGACACGUAGCAUUCCCAUGGCGACGAUACAACUGGAUGAAUGAAAUAAUUUGGAUUAGAGAUGGAUUAGGAGAUGGAAACAAUGUUAGUGAAAUUUAAGAAGUAACAAACAUUCAAAGACAAUCAAGAACAUUCCCUGAAACUCUUGAUGUUUAAAAAUAAUAUAUGUAAUAUUUAAUUUGUUUAUCAGUCAUUUUGCAUACAUUUAUGUGUAGAUUUACAGAAUAAAUAUUUAUUGUAAAUAUUAUGAUGAUAGAGAUUGAAAAUGCUUAGUGCGAA